AUGGUGGAGCGCCUUCCGGUCUAUAUCGUGCGCAUGCGCAACUCGCCGCCCGUCGCGGGGUACACUGGCGGAAUCGACGGGCUGGCAGCGACCGUCAACGGGCAGCGCAUCGCGCAGUCCUUCCGCGCGGGUGCCGCCGCGACGCUCGCAGGCCGCCGCCGCUUCCGCUUCGACCCGUUCAGCCGGCCCGUGCAGCGAUUCGCGCGGUGGCUGGGGCAGAUGCAGGCGCGCGUCGCAGCCGACGCGGGCGUGAGCACGCGAGACGUGCUCUACAGUUACAAGUACGUGAGCAACGGAUUCGCGGCGCAACUCACGCCGAAGCAAGUCCGGCAAUUGCGGAACCACCCGGCCGUCGCGCAGGUGAAGCAGAGCAUCGCGAUUCGCAAGCUCACAACGGACACGCCCGCGUUCCUGCAGCUGCCGAGCACGCUAUGGGCGGCGGCGGGCGGACAGAGCAGCGCGGGGCAAGGCGUGGUGGUGGGGAUCGUGGACACCGGCAUCUGGCCCGAACACCCGUCGUUCGCAGGAGACGCGUCGUACCCGAACCCGCCCUCCACGUGGAAGGGCAACUGCACGACCACGGCGGACUUCCCCAGCUGCAACCGCAAGCUCAUCGGCGCGCGCUACUUCUCCGCCGGCUUCCGCGGCGCGUACGGCAGCGUCAACCUCGCCGCUGAUUGGAACUCGGCGCGCGACGCGGACGGCCACGGCACGUGGUGUGCGGGAGCCGCGACCGGCAACAGCAACGUGCAGGUGGCGAUAGCGCGCGGGCAAUCCGCAGGGCUCGCAAGCGGGGUGGCCCCGCGCGCCUUCCUCAGCGUGUACAAGGUCUUUUGGAGCACGAGCAGCGGCGGCGUGACGGCCACGUGGGCGGAUAUCGAGGCCGCCGUGAACAAGGCGGUAGCGGACGGCGUGGAUGUGCUCAGCCUGUCGCUGGGCGGCCUGGAUCCCUCCGCGGAUUACUUUGACGACUCCACGUACCUCUAUGCGAACGCGAUGGGAGUGACGGUCGCAUAUGCCUCAGGCAACGACGGAUCACCGCCCUACAGCUCAUCAAUGUAUCGCACCAUCUCCAACUUCUCGCCCUUCUACCUCACCGUUGGCGCCUCCACCAUCUCCCGCCGCUACAGCACUUCCCUCGUGCUCGGCAAUGGAGCAACGGUUGCUGCCACGGGGUUUGGGAGCGGGAAAGUCACCUUGAUCGCUGCCGCGGGGUUUGGGAGUGGGAGUGUGAGUGUGAUGGGGCUGAGGGUUAUUGAGGCCGCCUCUGCUAUGGCUGCUUCGGCCGUGGUCAUCACAGGCCUUGCCUCACAAUGCCUUCCAGCCGUUCUUGAUGCGCCUCAAAAACCCUCUCAUUUCAACUCCCUUUUCCUCCUUCCUUCCUCCCGCCCCACCUGCCAUUCCCUGCCUACCCUCUGCCCGCCCCUUCCACCCUCCUCGCUCACUCUCCAGGCACAGUACUGCUACUCCGGCUCGCUUGACUCUGCCAAAGUCAGCGGCAGAAUAGUCAUCUGUUCGUACGGCGGCGUGGGCACGAGCGUCAAGGUGGGGGAGGUGCUAGCGCGGGGAGGCAAGGCUGUGAUCAUCACAGGCGUACCCGACGUCCUCAAGCCAUUCCCGCCCUACGACUCGCGCCUGCCCUUGGUUUAUCUUGACUACGCUCCUGCUGACACGCUGACAACCUAUGUCCGAUCCACCACCUCCCCGACAGCCACUCUCUCCACAUCCUUCUCAACCGCGACUGACCUCCCAGCACCGAACGUCAUCUACUUCUCCUCCUCCGGCCCAUUGCUCAACCCCUCCUCAUCCGUGGUCAAGCCCCAGCCCACCAACGACAUCCUCAAGCCAGACAUCAUCGCUCCAGGCGUCUCUCUCUGGUCGUCUUGGCGCGCGUCCUCCCCUUCCUCUACCACGCAACAGUUCGCCAUGAUUUCCGGAACAUCCAUGGCUACCCCGCACGUGGCGGGGAUUGCCGCGCUGGUGACUCAGCGCUACCCCACGUGGUCCCCGGCACAGAUCAUGUCUGCGAUUAUGACCACUGCGAGUACGACGACCAAUCAGGGGUCGGCGAUCGGGACGAGUUACACGGCGGUAGCCACGCCUUUUGAGAUGGGCCAAGGGCAUAUCAACUCGACGGGGUUGCUCGACCCAGGGCUUACCUAUACUGCGGCUCUGGCGCAUUAUUACAACUUUUUGGCCGGGCAGGACCAGACCCGGACGAAAUAUCUCGUCGGCACGCAAACCAAGGUCAAGCUGACCCCGAUCCCGGCAUACAAUCUCAACCGUCCAGCCAUCUCCGUCUCGCGAUUGGUCAAGAGCGUGGUGGUCACGCGGUGGGUGGUGAAUGUGUUUAAUCAGGCGUGUACGUACACUGCGAGUGUAGUUGCUCCUGCUAACGUGCGCGUCACCGUUUCCCCAUCAACCUUCACCAUUUCGCCGGCCAAAACUCAGACAUUUACGGUGACAUUCAACGUUACAGCAGCAUCCCAGGCCUUCAGUUAUGGCAGCCUGACGUGGAGGGACCAAUUCGGGCAUGCGGUGCGGUCGGUGCUUGCCGUGCAGCCAAUCAGCCUGUAG